AUGAGCACGCUGUGCGCUCUUCUCUUUGUUCUUAAUUCAUGUGUUUGUUCGCACGGCAACAUAGGAAGCAGACAGGCCGUGGCGGUCACAGGAGAACUCACUUGUGACGACGAGCCAGCAGCGAGAGUCAAAGUGAAACUGUACCACAAACUCCUGCCACUGGAUAUCAAAUUGGCGCAAGGUGUAACGAACGAAAAUGGUGUGUUUUCGUUGAUGGGAAGCACAUAUGUGUUAACAGUUUUGAGCCCAAAAGUGAACGUAUACCACAAAUGCAACUACACCGGGUACUGCUACAGGAAAUUCAGCGUGUCGAUUCCGGAGACUUUCAUCUCAUAUGGUAAAACCUCUGAAAAACCGUUCGAUCUCGGUACCAUUCCUCUUGGGGCGAAAUUCAAAGGCGAAUCAGUUGACUGCAUAAAUUAG